AUGACUAUAUUCCGGCGCAUCCACAAUUUUCCAGAUAGAGAUAUCAUGUCUUGCCAAUAUAAAAUUUGGUAUUUGGGUCAUAUGGUGACAAAAUCUCGAAAACAUAAAACACAAAGGUUCAGGUCACAAAAAUAUCACUUUGAUAAGAGGCAAAAUGAAAUUCCUGGAACAUCAAGUGCUAGGAAUUUAGAUAAUCCAAGCAAAACAGACGGUACAUCGGUCGAAUUAGACGGUCGGGAUGAUAUGCCAGACGACGAUGAUGUUCAAAAACAACGAAAAGCCAACCAGAAAGAUUGGAAGAAAAAUAUAAGACAAAGGUUACGACAAAGUGGAAAAGAAUUUAAAAGAUGCCAAGGCCAGGCCGUUAGGGCUAAUGGUUUCAGAAGAAACUGUGUAAACUGUCGGUGCUUUAAAUGUCUGAACAAUUUCAGUGAAGAAGAAACAGCGGUAAUUCAUAAUGAAUUUUGGACAAAUACUGAUGACGCGAAAGGACAUUUUUACGAGAAAACAACAGAAAGAUACUGGGUGGAACGCCAGAGAAACAGAAAUGUGAGAGCGAGAACCAAGACUUUUUCUUAG